CCGUUUUGCAAUUGGGUAAAAAUACAACAGUUGAAGUAUGCAGACAAAAAAUAUAGCCCAUAAUGACUAUCAAUUUCAGACCCACCUGCGCACAUACGGACUCACAUGGUCAAAUACAUGAUAAAGAAAUUAAAUAGAGUAGAAUAGAAAUAAACAUAAAAAUCAACAUUAGUACAAUUUCAAGUUCAUGUUCAGAGAGAAAGGAUACUGCACUUAUCAAUAUUUUCUCCCACCUGCUCCACCCGCCCCUCACUCCCUUCCCUUCUGCAGGACAUUUUUUACGACAGAGCAAUAGGCCUAAUUAAUUGCAUCAUAUUUACUUACAUUAUCAAGCCUAUCUGACCAGAUAGAGAUUGAUUAAAGAGUGGUAACUAACUGGGGUAAAGUUAAUAGUUUGCUGUACUUUGAUCUGGUCACUUCAAUGUGAAGGGUCGCGCUGACUAAUCCCUGGGCGUCAUGCCAUCAUUCAAAUAAAAGAUGUGUCAAAGUUGGCAACAGCUACAGGUCUACGUGGCAUGACAUGCCACAGGUGUUUGGCUAUUAUAAUUUAUUAUUCGGUAAUAUAGUGGUGUGAUAGCUGGAAUCGAUAAUAUAGCCUAUGUCUUAUUUUAACCUUAAAAGCACUGUGCGUAAUGUGGCCUCUUUGAUCACUGUGCGCUAUAGCGCAUGUGUCAUGGUUCUCGCUCAUUCUUGCACGUCUUUCUCUGCUUACGUGGUGUGUGUGUUUGUGUGUGUGUGUGUGUGUGUGUGUGUGUGUGUGUGUUUGUGCCUAAGAAAAAUAAACAGAGCGAGACAGUGCAGUGCCUGUAAUUUCCUUGAUGUGCCUCCCUCUAACGUGUCACAACUUCUGGUAGAUUAACCCAGAUAUGGGGAGCAUCAUCAGGUGUUGAAGUACCACUCAUGCUCUCUUAACCGUUGUAUUCGAGGCAUCCACCUGCGGGAACAAGCACCUGCUGACUGGAAGAGUUCAGGAACUUGUUAAAUACAAGAGCAACCAACUCAGGGACCACACAUAUUUCAACAUGUUUUCUUCCAUUUGAUCGAUUAUUUUUACCAACGCCUGCUGUCUUUAAAAUGCAUAGUAUUCGAGACUCCACCAACAUUCCAUUCUCUUCAUUUUCAACAUUGCCAAUGUAUUUAUUGAUGACUACUCUGCUGGUGAUGGGCCUGGAGGCUGCGGCCACGGCAGGGACCACGCCGGGCUGCGCGUCUUGCGGCAUGCCGCUAAUGGAGAAGGAUUCGGAGCAGAGGCUCCUGGUUGAAAUCGCCAAGCAGCAGAUCUUGAACAAGCUACACCUGAAAGAGAGACCAAACAUCACAUCGACGGUGCCCCGCGCGGCACUUCUCACCGCGCUCCGCAAACUGCACAAGGGACGUGUCAGACCGGACGGCACCAUUGAACUUGAAAACAAGAUCAAGGAAACCAAAGAUCCGGGAUAUGAAAUAGUGAGCUUCGCAGAAAUGGAUGAGAUGAACACCACUACUGGCACCCCGUCAGGCCUCACCUUCCAGUUCCUGCAGGAGAGAGACCACAGCAUCCAGGUGCUUCAGUCUGCCCUGUGGCUGUAUGUCCACUCCUCCGACACCCCUAACCGGGGCCCCCGCCCCACUGCCACAGCCCACAUCUACCUGUCUGGCUCUGGGGAGGGCAGCUCCAACCGCACCGUCCUCUUGGAGAAGAUCUUGGAUGCGCAGCAGAGCAACUGGCAUACCUUCCCCAUCACCCACACCCUGCAGGCCUUCAUGGACGGGGGCAAGCGGCGGCUACAGCUUGAGGUCACCUGCAAGGAGGCCGGGUCUGAGCCGGGCCAGGGCCAGAACCUGUGUGAGCUGGGUAAGUCCAUGGACAUGGCCCAUCAGCCGUUCGUGGUGGCCCAGGUGCGGCUCCGUGACGACUCCAAGCACAUCCUCCAGAGGAGAUCCCUGCGCUGCGGGGACAACGUCAGCGUCUGCUGCAAGAAGGACUUCUAUGUCAAGUUCAAGGAUAUCCAGUGGCAGGACUGGAUCAUAGCGCCUGAAGGGUACCAUAUGAACUACUGUAUGGGCCAGUGUCCCCAGGCCCUGGCCGGGUCUCCGGGCAUCGCGUCUUCUUUCCACGCCACAGUGUUCAGCCAGCUCAAAGCCAACGGCAUCAAUUCAGCGGUGUCUUCUUGCUGUGUGCCCAUCCAGCGCAGGCCUCUGUCUAUGGUCUACUUCAACUCACAGCACAGCAUCGUCAAGACCGACGUCCCUGAUAUGAUCGUAGAGUCCUGCGGCUGCACGUAAACACAUAGAAGAGAAAGACCAGACAUUCAGUUUAUGAUGCUUUUAGUCUGAGAAGACUAGAUUUAAUUUGUUACACCGGCACACACACACACACACACACACACACACACACACACACACACACACACACACACACACAGAAUAAUUUUAGAUAUUCUUUCUCUAUCAAUUCGAUAGAGGGUUUUUGCACAGAAAGUGAGAAUGUUUGAGAAUGAGACUUCAAUGUCUUGUAACUAGCAGACCUGGUUCAAAUACUAUAUAGGGUAUUUCAAUUACUUUCAAAUACAUUUUGAAGUAAGUAUUUCAAUAUAUAUAUUUUUUUGAAAGACAAGUAGU